AAUCCCGGCCGGGAGAGGAGGACACAGCUGUUCGAUCCCCGUUUGGCGCAGCUGAAGGCGUCACUUCCUCCCUUCUCAGGAAGAGCGACGAGGCCACCCAUAAUCCCCGACGAACUUUGUUAUGUUUUCUUGAGGGAGGAAGAAGACCCACGAAGAACCGAGGGGCAGGGGGAGAAAGAAAGGGGAAGCGACCGACUCUUCUGUGGCGUUGGGGUGGGGAGGGGAGGCUUCCGCGGCUGCGAUGGCCGCGAGGGACGUUGCGGAGGCAGCGGCGGCGGCGCUGCUGAACAGGCUCCGAGGUCGCUGCUCCUCAGCCUGCCCGGCUGAUCGCUGAACAGCCGCCGCUGCCGCCGCGCCUCCUGGCAGGGAGAAGCGGGAUGGCCGAGGCAGCCGGCGAGUCCCCGGCUGCUGCCCUGCGGGAGAAAGUGGCUGCGCUGGAAGCGGAGUUGAACUCCUGCCGGGGUCGACUGGAGCGGGAAAAGAAGAGGCGCCUCCAAGCCCAGGCCUGCGCGGCCAAGUUACGGAGGCAGGUUGAAAAACUUGGUAAAGUCAGCAAUGGUGAAAGAAAUGAGAAGACAAAAUCUUCUGUAGAAGUGCAAACUGAAGACUCUGCUGCAUGGUUAUAUGCAGAUUAUUACUAUCCUCAUGAUUAUUACAACUGUUCUGAAGUAUCCAUUGCACCAGUGCAACCAAACCAUGAUAAUGAAAUAUUGAACUCAAAUUGUACAGAUCAUUUACAAUUAGACAAUCAUUUUGAUGUUAAAGACAGACAGCAAGAUGAGCUUGAGGAACAGGAAAACAUAAUAAAUAAUGCGCAGAAAUCAAAAGAUGUUUCAUUAACAGAAGGCACAUUAGCAGAAAGUCUGAGAGCUGCUGCAGAAGCUGCUGUAACACAAACAGGAUUUACAUAUGAUGAAAAUACUGGCUUAUAUUAUGACCAUAGCACUGGAUUCUAUUAUAAUUCGGAAAAUCAGCUGUAUUAUGAUCCAACCACUGGAAUUUAUUAUUACUGUGAUGUUGAAAGUGGCCGAUACCAGUUCCACUCUCGAGUGGAUCUACAGUCUUAUGGAACUGAAACUCUUCAGAGCAGCAGAGACAGAAAAAGCAAAAAGAAACGAAAAGAUGCAGAAUGCUCUAGGACAAAUGAGCACAAGAAUCUGAACACAGAAGAACAAAAGUCAUCUAGCAGUCUGAAUUGCCUUUUUGCCCCUAAUGAACCAGGUUCUCCAGGAGAGGAAGAAUUUCCAGAUGUGAAAAAGGCUAAAGUGGACCUUGAUACAAGAAACACUCAAAAGACUAAGGAAUCUGUUACUGCCAACGGAAGUAGUAUAAACGCAGAGUUUACUGCUAGUAUAGAAGACAGUAGAACAGAUACAGAAAGUGAGCCAGAAGAAGGUGAAAUCACAGACACUGAACAGGAGGAAUAUAGCAGUGAAAAUGAAGCGACAAGUGAAGAAACUGUAAAUUCAGAAGAUGUGGAUAGUGAAGAUGAAGACAAGAUCUGGCCACCUUGUAUCAGAGUGAUCGUAAUUAGGUCACCAGUACUGCAGAUGGGGUCUCUGUAUAUCAUCACAGCUGUGAAACCUGCCACAAUUGGAAGAGAGAAAGGGAUGGAACAUACCCUGCAGAUUCCAGAGGCCUCUGUCAGCAAGUUCCACGUGGAAGUAUACUUUGAUCAUGAAUUGCAAAGUUAUGUUCUUGUGGAUCAAGGCAGUCAGAAUGGCACUGUGGUUAAUGGAAACCAAAUUCUUCAGCCUAAAACAAAAAGUGACCCCCAUGUUCUGGAACACGGCGAUGAAGUGAAGAUUGGAGAAACUGUACUAUCUUUUCAUAUACACCCUGGUAGUGAAACCUGCGAUGGAUGUGAACCAGGGCAAGUCAGAGCCCAUCUUCGCCUUGAUAAGAAAAAUGAAUGUUCUAUUGUUCCUUCAUUGACAAAAGAGGAAAAGGAAUUAGUUAGAAGAAAAGAAUUAAAACAAAUACGUGUAAAAUAUGGCUUACAGAAUACAGAAUAUGAAGUUGAUAAAGUUGUAAAAAAUCCGAAUUACAAAGACAGAGCAGGAAAGCGCCGUGAAACAGUUGGAAGUGAAGGGAACUUUUAUAGAGAUGAUGCUCCAGCCUCUAUACAUGUGGAAAUUAGUGAGAAUAACAAAGGACACAAACUAUUGGAGAAGAUGGGAUGGAAGAAAGGAGAAGGACUCGGAAAAAGUGGUGGUGGAAUAAAAGAUCCAAUCAAACUUCAGUUACACAGAAAGCAUGCAGGCUUAGGUGCAAGUAUGCCUAUUUCUGCUGAAGAGAUUGAGAUCAUCAGUACCAAAAACAAAAGGAACUGGGAAAAAGCAAGAGAAAGAUUUGCAGAAACAUUUCAGGAUUCUAAAACUCUGCAAAAAUGCACCGAAGAAUCUAACCCAAAUUAGAAGAGCAGCAGAUUUAAAUUCAUAAUUUGUUAGCUUCUUUAUGUAAUUAUGGUUUUUUUUCCUUUAAAGGUGGAAAUGUAUUUGUUGUAUAUUAACUGCUAUAUGCACUCACUUAAUUGUAAAGUACUGUCAUUGUACAUGUUGAUUUGCUUCUCUAACACCAAUUGUAAUCAUAAGAUGUGUAUGGCCUGAAACGGUCCAGUUCUUUUUGAAGAGAUUUGGAAGCAAGUAUGAGGGUAAUUGAGGAUUUUUUUUAAUUCUACCAUUUUGUUGAAAUAAUUUGUCACUUUUUUGAUUCCUCAUGGAUCUCAAAGGAGUCUUUGGCCUGAUGCAACAGAAAGUAAGAAACAAGAGCCAAAAGUAAAGCAAUACUGAUACAUCUCACUUUCAUAAAAUGAAAUCAAUAGAUUUUCUAAAAUUAGACAACAAUUCUGUUCUAAUGCAAUAUCACUAUUUUUGGUGAGAAAAUAAUAUACAUAAUGCCAUAUACAAGGUCUUAUUUUCUUCUGUGAAGAAUUCUAAGGGUUGUACAUUAAGCUUCUAAUAUUCUAUUCAGGUAGCAUGUUUAGAAAAUUAUAAUAGUCUGAUCUGUACUUUUCAGCAUUCAGAA